CAACUUCAUCGACGGGCUAUGGUCGGCAAGCGGCGGUGAGCGGAUCAUCAUCUUCACCACCAACCACAAGGAGAAGCUGGACCCGGCGCUAAUCCGGCGGGGUAGGAUGGACAAGCACAUCGAGAUGUCCUACUGCCGCUUCGAGGGCUUCAAGGUGCUCGCCAAGAACUACCUAGACGUGACCGAGCAUGUGUUGUUCGGCGAGAUCCGGCAGCUGCUCGAAGAGACCGAUAUGUCACCGGCCGACGUGGCAGAGAACCUGAUGCCCAUGUCAAAGAAGAAAAAGAAGGACCCAAACAUGUGCUUGGCAGGCCUCAUCGCGGCGCUCAAACAGGCCAAGAAAGACGCGGUGACGGUUGCGGCAGCGGCAAAGGCGAAGGAGGAAGAGGAGGCAGAAGCAAAGAAAACCAAGGAGAAAGAGGAACCCAAGGAAGACAAAUGA